CGUGAUAGCACUGUAGCUCCCCAAUCCUGUAGGAGCUGGCGUGCUACCUACUGCCUCCUCUCCAUUAGCCAGAGCUAUUGGAUUUCCCACCCAGAAUCUUUAGGUAAAUGAGAUCAUGAUUCUGGAAGGAAGUGGUGUAAUGAAUCUCAACCCAGGCAACAACCUCAUUCACCAGCAGCCAGCCUGGACAGACGGCUAUCCCACGUGCAAUGUUUCCAGUGGGUUUUUUGGAGGCCAGUGGCAUGAAAUACACCCCCAGUACUGGACCAAGUACCAGGUAUGGGAGUGGCUCCAACAUCUCCUGGACACCAACCAGCUGGAUGCCAGCUGCAUCCCCUUCCAGGAGUUUGACAUCAAUGGCGAACACCUGUGCAGCAUGAGUCUUCAGGAGUUCACGCGGGCAGCGGGCACAGCUGGACAGCUGCUCUACAGCAACCUUCAACAUCUCAAGUGGAAUGGCCAGUGCAGCAGUGACCUGUUCCAGUCUCCACACAAUGUCAUCGUCAAGGCUGAACAAACCGACCCUUCCGUCAUGAAUACCUGGAAAGAAGAAAACUAUUUAUACGACACCAACUAUGGUAGCACAGUAGGAGGGUAUUCUUCCUAUCCCCUAUUUGUUCAUGCUGCAGAUUUGUUGGAUAGCAAAUCUUUCUGCCGGGCCCAGAUCUCCAUGGCAACCAGCGGUCACCUUCCUAUGGCAGAGUCACUGGAUAUGAAAAAGGAGCAAGAUCACCCUGCAAAGGCCCACACCAAAAAGCACAACCCAAGAGGUACACAUUUAUGGGAGUUCAUCCGCGACAUUCUCCUGAACCCUGACAAAAAUCCAGGGCUCAUCAAGUGGGAAGACCGCUCUGAGGGCGUCUUCAGGUUCUUGAAGUCAGAGGCAGUGGCUCAACUGUGGGGGAAGAAGAAAAACAACAGUAGCAUGACCUAUGAGAAACUCAGCCGGGCCAUGAGAUAUUACUACAAACGAGAAAUCCUGGAACGUGUGGAUGGACGACGGCUAGUAUAUAAGUUUGGGAAGAAUGCUCGUGGAUGGAGAGAAAAUGAAAAUUGAGUCUGCCUAUCCUUGGAACACAGACCAAAAGCACACACCAAAUGAAUAUACUAAGCAAGGAAGAACUCCUGGACAUAAAUAUUUCAAAGACUGCUUUUCUCUGAUAUUUAUGUACCAUGAGGGGGGGAAAAUCUACUUCUAACAGAAAGAAAGAACACUACAGUUGAUAAAAGAAAUUAUUUUGUUACUUUAAAGUAUGUCCUGUAUGGGGAACACACGUACACAGUUGUCUGUGAGAUAUGACGCUGUAUGUGGUCAUGAUUUGUAUUUGCCUCUUGUGAAGUUCAAGAAUAAUAGGACUGGUAGCCCUGGACUUCUUACUAAGAGAGAUAAAAAGGAAAUCAGAGGGCAUUAAAAUGUUUUCCUAUGCACAAUGAGUUAGAAAAAAUUGAUGGGUCUUCUGCACAUGGCAUCCAUAAUGACCUUGUCAAGAGAGCUGAGUAUGGUUGCUAUGGUGAGAUCCAGGGUCAAGACAGAUGGGAUCCACAGAAAGGGUGCUGUGAACUUUAAUGUGACUUUUGGAGCCAGUGAGUAGAGAAUGGGAACUUUCAACAUCCAGGGUGGGCUGAAAUAUUUUAAUCAGUGACAAGAAUAAUGGUGUAUGGGGAGUAGGGGACUUAUACUCAUUCAGGAUUGAUUUACCUGUUUCACCUCCCUCUUGGAUGGUUGCUAAAAACAAACAAACAAACAAAAAAUCUUCAGUUGCCACAUCUGCCCACUUCUAGUUAUUUAAGAGAGAACCCAGCCUUGAUUAUUUUUAUUUCAACUGUUUGAAAGUAAGUGGGAAGGAGUUGGUGAAUGGCUGAUAAGUUUGCUUUUGUAUCUCUGUAUUUGUGGUUUCUCAACUGGCACAGCUGACAUUUUUAGUUGUCAGUCUUUGUGCUGAGGAUUGUACUGUUUACGAUAAGAUGCACAUCAGUGCCCCUGACCUCCAUCAACUACAUAUCCACAGCACUUCCCCACUACAGUAAUCAAACACAUUCCUGAUAGCUCCCAGUAUCUCUAAAGGGGCAAAACUGUCCUUGAUUGAGAACUGCUGAUUUAUCCAGUCCAGAUGAAAAUACAUAGUGAUGUAGUCUCAGAGGGAAAAAAAGGUUGUCAGAUCUUUUAGUCCCUACAAAAAAGCAAAAGUAAGACCUUAAAGUCAACUCACUAGGGAUAGUAGGUUGAACUCUCUAUAGGAAUUUUUUUUCCAGAACCCCAGAUGGGAGCUAAAGUCAUAUAAAUUAAACACAGCAAUGCAGCAAGAACUACAAUAGAAGACAUUUGCUCUAGAACCCAAAGCACAGCAAAGAUUUCAUUGCAGAGGGAAAUGCUAGAAAAGACUCUGUGUGUGUGUGUGUGUGUGUGUGUGUGUGCGUGUGCAUGCGCGUGUGUGAGAG